AUGGCAGAGCAAGGGACAGUGAGGGAUCCAUCCAGCCUUUUCAAAGGGGCGCGAUUUUUCAUGUCCCGGGCAAUUCCUCAACGAACACAGCUGAAGGACAAGAUCGAGCAACAUGGUGGCAGUGUUGUUUUGCUGGAGAAGGAUGCUGAUGUCAUUCUGGUGGAUCAUAUGAAGAAGAAUAUUACCCACCCUGCCAAUGCACUAUCUUACCAGUAUGUGGAGCAGUCUAUUCGUCGUGGAAGGCUAGAAGAUCCGGAGUCCCAUCGGGUUGGUGCAUCUGCGCCCCGUCCGAUGGGCGCGUCCAAUAUUCCCCAGAAAAGCACCAGAAGAAGCUAUACCUUGAAAGAUGAUCAAAUUGUUUUUGACUGGCUCUAUCCUUGGGAGCAAGAGGCAGGUGCGCCAACUCAUGGCAAUCAAAUCUAUCAGGCUCUGGCCGAGCGGGGCGGGUUCCCCCGCAAAAAGAAACUGGUGUACGCACCGGAACGACCUGCUUCUGCCGCACGAAGCGAGCCCAGUCAGACACUCGAAUCUACCUCACAAUCACCCAAACCACCGACCCGGACUGCCCUUGGCCCACGUACAGAUGCGUCCAAGGCUAAUCCUGAGCCCGCACCCCCUCAAGAACACACAAGACAAGCACAAAGCAACAGCGCCGCGCAAACGAACGAGAUUCCCAGGGAAAUGGUAGAUCCGUUAUUCAUCGAGUUGCCAUACUUUCCAUCAAGCCCAGAACCAGAAGAUGAGGAUGAUGAUGGUGAUGAUGACGACGAUAGCAGCUCGGAGGAAUACCCCAACAUAGACAGCUGGGUCGCCACACAAGUGGCAGGAGGUGCGGACUUAUCUAAAGUCUUGGACGCACUGCGCUUUACGAGCAUGGAACCACCUUUGGCCAAAAAGUUGUUGGAAAUCUUACUUGCUGGCAAUCCAGUCCCCGAUGACAUGCGUGGAGUCUGGACGGAGGAAGAUGAUCGAUGCUUGGAGGGAGGAGAUUCACACGGCAUCGAGCGAGUACUCAAGAAGCACGGAGACAGACUAUUCAAGGCAAGAUGGGAAUAUCUCAGCUUGGCCCGAGAAAGGGGCUUGUUCUAG